CUUCUCACAAGUUAAUUGUGCUCUUGGUUGAAGCCAGUAAAUCCUACAACCCAAACCAAUUGUUCUUUACCCCCCUGUAUUUGUAACAGCAAUAUCAAAACCAAGACAGUCUGCACUGACUCGGUGUCAUGUGACUGACAUGGAUUAAAUGCGCAUGCGCGGGUGGCUGCAGGUGACUGACUUCCUCGUAGAGAAGAUUAAGGAAAAGCAGGAGCUUUCAGAUGCUCAUGGUGACAAACUGGUUAACGAGUCCGACAAUAACGGCGGAAGUCAUGGCUGGACUGUUGAACGGCCGUACGCCGAUCACAAGGAGCGCUUCACCAGUGCCCCGCAGGUCAUGUGCACCCAGGGCUUUUCCGAUGGCAAGCACGAGUGGGCGGUGGGGGUGGGCCCCGAAAGCAUGUGGUCGCUGGGGCUGUGUUACAAGAGCAUCCCCCGCCGCGGCGACCACAGCCGACUGGGUCACAACUCGAUGUCCUGGCGGCUCCAGUGGAAAAGCGGCAAACUGACAGUCUGCAAUGCUUCGUCCAAUGUAGUCCUGCGUGAAACGAGCAAGCAGCCGCUGAAGAUUGAGCUGGCGUUGGAUUAUGAAGGUGGCACGUUGAUGUUCCACAGCAUUAAUGGCCAAAGGGAGCAUCUUUACACGAUCAAGACUGAGUUUCAAGAGAGAGAUGGUUUGCUUGUGUUGAAUAAGCCCUCAUACUAAAUGAAUCUGGGUGUCAAUUUAUUAAAAUUGCGGCCAAAUGAACAAUACUUGUCGUUUAUAUCUUAUAUUCACUAGUUUGACGAAAUGCUCAUACUCCAAAAUAUAUUUUGGUGUAUGAAUAUCGAGUCAUACAAGUUAUACUCCAUAUACCGCGGCUACGAUGUGUGUCACAGCAGUGAAGGAAAAACUAUUUUUGAUGAAUUUGCAGCCUUAGCAUAACAGCAUCACUUAUCUUGAGCAUUCUUAUCACAUAGUUUGUUUACAAACGUUAUGUUGAUGACUGUUUUAUAUUUAUUAAUGCAGAUUUUUGUUUUAUUUUCAAAAAAAUUUAAAUAGUCGAUUGAUAUAUCAGUGCUUUAUUUUCAUUUUUUCUUCUCGUUUGUAGUGUGAACAUGAAUUGUGAUUUUUGUAGACAAAGAAACCAUA